AUGAUUCCAGGUCGCGUGGCCAGAAUAACGGGCCUAGAUCCGGCGCUACCUUUAUUCGAAGGCCUACCGAUAGACCAGCGUCUAGACGCAUCGGACGCCGAAUUCGUUGACGUUAUCCACACCGACGCCGGUAUUUUUGGAUACAAGUCGCCGAUCGGUCACGUGGACUUUUACCCGAACGGCGGCAUCAGUCCCCAGCCAGGAUGCGAGCUGGAAGCCGUCAUACCACAGCAGCUACUUCUGAACAAGUGUGAUGGUCCCCAAACCGACACGCGACCAAACACAGCACUCCUGACCUACGAUUUACUCACUGAAGAUCGCAGAGCACAAUCAAUCGAAGAUUACGUUCACAGUAAAACGAACAUGAACGCAGUACACGAAUCUAAAGACGUCAACCCAAAUAACAUGAAGUUUGGAAAAGGAACUAUUCUGAAAAUAUCUAAGAGAGAAGCUGAUAAACAUUUAGCGAAAGAUACAAAAAUCGAUAAAGAAUCGACAGAUAAUAUCGUUACAAAACCAAACAAAAUCGAUAUUGAGGAUUCGAAAGACAAACAUACCCAUAAACAAGCAGCAUUACCAUUAAGGAAGCUCAAUCCUGUUGCUGUUAUUCGAGGCGUAUACAAAAUUAAUCGAUACGUAAAUGAUAAUAUAAUCAAAAGAGAAAAACGAUUCCUACCCUCGUUCAAGAGAAACGAGAAUAUUAACGCUUUUAGUCUUUUGGGUUUAUUGAGGAACCACCGAAACGUGUUGCCUGUCGUCUCGUUGGCUAGAGAGAUAAGCACCAUGAUCCGAAAUGGCCACACAGAACUGAGCCAUUUUAGUCGGGAGACGAAUAGUUAUAUAGGCGCGAAACCAGCGUUGUUCGGGACGCCUUUCUCAUACAAUAUAGACGCGAGCAAAGGUUCAGCGUUUAAUGGAUUCUUCAAGAAAAUUUUGGGUCUGGGUGGGGAUAGGUUAUCCGUAAGCAGCAGCGGAUGAGAACGGGUUUAAUUGGAACUAAUUUUACGGAUAGUCCGCUGUUUUCGUGGUCGUAUUUUGUUAGCUACCGUCAAAUUUUCUAUAUGAACGAAUUUUAUUUACAUUCCCCUUUUUCCUUUCACACAGAUACCUACUAGGUAAUAGUUGUUGCAAAAUAGGAGCGCGUGACCUUAUUUAUUUCUAAGUUGCUAUUGUUCACGAAGUACGGUCAGCAUAUCAAAUCUUAAAAGUUAAAGAAAACGCAAUGUAAAUUA